GGGCGCCCCGCGGGUAGCAGCGCCCCCGACGAGGGCGGGAGCAGCGCGGAGGAGCAGCGCCGUGUGGCGGCGGCUGCCGCCGGCAGAACAGGAGAAGGAAAGUUGGUGCAAGCGGCGCUGGGGCCGCCCCGCAGCGGGACUGCAGAGAGCCGCCGCCUCGGCCCGGUCCGGCCGCCGCGGAUGUGCCCCCGCCGGGCGGGGAAGGACGGAGCGGAGCGCGGUCGCUGGCAGCGGGGAUCGGGCGGCUGUUUGCGCUUCACCCUCGCCGGGCUGCUGCACUAAGAGGAUUUGUGGAUUGACUCUCGCUGCUGACCCGCCGCCUCGGCUCGCUCUCGGCUGGAUCUGUGGAGCUGGGCUGCUGCUGGAUUUGGGAUUUUCUGUUGUUGUUUUUAAUCUCCGCUUUCCUCGGUGGAAGGAAGUGCCUGCCAGCCCCCCCACUGCCAGCGUAGCGGAGCCGCGGAGAUUGGGACUCCUCUGGAAGCCAAGAGACCUUAAAGAAGUCCAAAAAGAGUGUGAGGUCAAACGGCAAGGUGCCAGGAUGCUAUGAGAUAGUGCCCCUGUCCCUCAAGAAGAAGAUGGCUGCAGAACUUUACCCUGCCAGCACCAACACCAAUAUCGCAAACAGUAACGCCGCCGCCACCGCUGCCAACAGCAAGAAGAACGCCCUGCAGCUCCAGCAGAGCGCCCAGCCGCCCCCACCGCCCCAGCUCCAAAACCUCAACAACAACAACUUGGAGAGCGCCAACUGGCAGUCCUUCCACCCCACACUGCGGGAGAGGAACGCGCUUAUGUUCAAUAACGAACUCAUGGCUGACGUUCACUUCAUCGUGGGCCCACCAGGGGCAUCCAAGAAAGUUCCUGCCCAUAAGUACGUUUUGGCAGUUGGUAGCUCUGUCUUCUACGCUAUGUUUUAUGGUGAUCUUGCAGAGGUCAAAUCCGAAAUCCAUAUACCAGAUGUGGAACCUGCAGCCUUUCUAAUCCUAUUAAAAUAUAUGUAUAGUGAUGAAAUAGACCUGGAAGCUGACACAGUUCUGGCUACGUUGUAUGCUGCCAAGAAGUACAUUGUGCCAGCCCUAGCAAAGGCUUGCGUCAAUUUUCUGGAGACCAGUUUAGAAGCAAAGAACGCUUGUGUCCUGCUGUCUCAGAGCAGGCUUUUUGAGGAGCCAGAGCUGACCCAGCGCUGCUGGGAAGUGAUUGAUGCUCAAGCAGAAAUGGCACUGAAGUCAGAGGGCUUCUGUGAAAUAGAUCAACAAACACUAGAGAUCAUUGUAACCCGGGAGGCACUCAACACCAAGGAAGUAGUAGUUUUCGAGGCUGUUCUCAACUGGGCAGAGGCUGAAUGCAAAAGGCAAGGGCUGCCAGUUACACCACGCAACAAGAGGAAUGUAUUAGGAAAAGCUUUGUACCUGGUGCGGAUUCCAACCAUGACUUUGGAAGAGUUUGCUAAUGGAGCUGCCCAGUCUGAUAUCCUCACCCUUGAGGAAACUCACAACAUAUUCCUUUGGUACACAGCUGCAAAUAAACCCAAACUAGAGUUUCCGCUGACAAAAAGAAAAGGACUGGUACCUCAGCGAUGCCAUCGGUUUCAGUCUUCUGCAUACCGCAGCAAUCAGUGGAGGUACCGAGGGCGAUGUGACAGCAUUCAGUUUGCUGUAGACAAACGGAUAUUUAUAGCAGGACUGGGAUUGUAUGGAUCGAGCUGUGGCAAAGCUGAAUACAGUGUCAAAAUUGAACUGAAGCGCUUAGGUGUUGUCCUUGCUCAAAAUCUGACAAAGUUUACCUCUGAUGGCUCCAGUAACACUUUCUCUGUGUGGUUUGAACACCCUGUGCAGGUUGAGCAAGAUACCUUUUAUAACGUAAGUGCUAUUCUGGAUGGUAAUGAACUCAGUUACUUUGGGCAAGAAGGAAUGACUGAAGUGCAGUGCGGGAAAGUGACGUUCCAGUUCCAGUGCUCCUCGGACAGUACUAAUGGUACCGGAGUACAAGGAGGCCAAAUACCUGAGCUCAUUUUCUAUGCAUGAUGCAUUUCACCUUGAUUGUAUUCCAGUACUGCGAUGAUGCACAUUAAGGGAUUUCUCUGUUUUACUACAAACUGCAGCAGUAUGGAAUGUUAUGCUACUUACCUAUCUGCUACAUCAGCCUAUACAAAUAAGUGAAGGAAUGCUCUUGAAUUUAAUCUUAUUUUAUUUAUUCAUAAGCUAUUUGACUUAAUUAUUAAGACUGCAACAAGCAGAGAAAUGUUAAAUUUUGCACGUACUGUGCAUUUAUUUUGCAUAUAGAUAACUAACGUGCAGACUGCAGCUGACUUAAACAGAAUGUUCUAAACUAGAGCAGUUUAUGAAUCUGUGAAAUAUAAAACAUUUUUACUUGCCCUAAA